CCCGAUUGCAGAUUUGCGCCCUGAACAUUUCGACUAAUGGUCGCCAUGCCUAGCUCGCACAUCAUGCAGUGGUUGGGACUUUUGCUUCUCGCAGCAAUCCUGUUGCAAACUGUUGGAUUUGCGGUCACCUUUUUGUACUUCAGCAACGUUUUGUCCACGAUGAAGGAAACGUUUUCGAGGGGCGGCGUUUCGUGUCUGAUGAAGGAAAAUCUCAGAAACUUGGACGUAGGCACGGAGGAAAGAAAAGACGGCCCCUGCUGGCAAAUAAGGCAACAGUUCCAUUUUCUGGUUGAACAGACUAUGUCAAAUCGCUUUGAGAAGGAAAUAUCUUCAGCAGUGAAAGAUGAGGUAUCAAGGUUUAUGCCAACCUUGACUAUGGAAAAUCAUGAUUCACUCCCACGGCCUGAAAUUGCAGCCCACAUCACUGGAAAUGACUUGGCCACUGCAGACAGAGUUAAGAGACCACCCACCAGGAAAGUUCUUGGCCAAAAGAUUGAGUCUUGGGAGACAGAUAGAGGCCUGGCUUUCCUUCGCAACAUGAAAAUGAGCAAUGGGGAACUUAUCAUUCCCCAGGCCGGACUUUACUAUGUGUACGCUCAGACCUACUUCAGACACACCCAUUCCCUUGAGGACAAGCUCUCAGCCAGGAAUGAACAGAUGCUACAAUAUAUUUACAAAAAAGCGGUAUCCUAUCCUGAGCCCAUCCUGCUGAUGAAAAAUGCUCGGACCACCUGCUGGUCCGAAAAUGCUGAGUAUGACCUAUACUCCAUCUACCAGGCUGGGGUGGUUCAGCUCAGUGCUGGGGACCGCGUCUUUGUGACGGUCAGCAACGUCAGUACUGUAGACAUGGACGAGAAGUCAAGUUUCUUCGGCGCCUUCUUGGUCACCUAGUGGUGGGCUUUGAAGCUGGUUUUAAGAAACAAAGACUAAGUACACCCCAGGUGGGAAUAGGUCAGUUGUGAAGGGGUACUGGUCCAGUGAGCACCUUGCUCCAAAUUUUUCACAAAUUUGUCUUCCUGGCACCGAUCUCGAGGAAGGAUGCAAAGAGCAAGGCCAGUUUAUCUCUGUGUUCUCAGGAUCAGCAGUUGGGGCUCGCCCCUCAGGUCCUUGAGGGUGAACAACUGGCCAGUCAGAGAUCCAGUGAUGGGGCUUCACAGUAAGUGGAGGGGAAAUGCUGGACAAAAGACCAGGCCAUGGCCAUGGUCCAUCUUGGUUACAAAGUAGCAGUGCGAUGCACUGCUGGAGGAGAUAUUAACAGCAACAUCUUUUCUAUAUGAAUAUAAGAAUAUAGCUAUGGCAACAUAUGUAAGAACAUAUUACCUCAAUAUAAUUCUUAUUAAUUUGUUCAGUGAGCAUUUUUAAGACACAACAUGUGAUAUUUAAAGUAUUUUUAAACCAUACGAUGGCAAAAAGUCAUGGUGACUAUUAGCCAUGAACAGCUGAACAUUUUCUUUGUGAAACCUAAAGAUAUAAUAUUAAUAGAAAUCAUUAAAAUUUAUAUAUUUCAGUUUCACAAAAAAAUAUUCAGUUGUCACCAAGCAUGCCUUAAUAACUUUUGUGUAUGUUGUGAUUUUAUGUUUAAUACUGCAAGAAUUGUAGUUGUAGAAAUAGCACCACCACUCGGAAAGCAGAAGAAGGGCAGCCUUCAGCAGGGAGCAGCCAGAAGCACAGUAAAUUGUGGAAGGCACAGAAACACGAGGAACUGGAGUGGUUGUAUUGUAUUAAACAGUUUAAAUGGAUAUUUCACUUAGGUAUAACACAAGUAAUUUUGUGGAGCUUGCUCCAUUGUAUUUCCGUAAACGGCGGCGCUGAUCCACUCGGUUUUCCGGUUCCAAUUCACUCACUCCCGUUCAUUUUUGCGACCUCGCCGAAAUGAAUCAUUUUAAAAUACAAAAUAACCGGAACCGGAAAGCCGGGGGAACGGCGCUGCAGUUAACAGAAGAAAACGGACAUCUGUUGUUGCAAGUAUUCACGCUAUGCAAAUACAACGGGUAAGCUCCACAUAAUUACUUGUGUUAUACCAGAGUGAAAUAUCCCUUUAACUUGUUUCAGUACUUGUAUACAACUUAAUACCCAUGAGGUAAGUCUCAACUUGUAACUAUUAAAUAAAUAAAUCUUACACAUUAAGUGCAUUGAGAAAAAACUUGACCUGUUUAGAAUAUAUUACUGCCUAGUUAUUUGUAUCCAUAAGCAUUUUGCGGACUGUGAAGUAAUUGAAUGCACUUUAUUGAAUGCACUGAUUGUAUUUUUUUGUAUAUAUAUUUUCUAACUGGGAGGGCAAAGCCAUAAGAAAUAAAAGUCUCUGAUCAAAAA